GCUUUAGUACAGUGUCUUCUUCUCCCCCAUCUUUUAAUCUCAUCGCCGUCGUUAGGGUUUUUAUCCUCGGAGCCUAAACCAUGGCGUCUCUCGCCAAAUUCCACUACUCUGACCAACCAUUCCACCUCAAGCUCAACAACGGUCAGAGAAGCUUUCAACCAAAACCUACUUCAUACCGAAUCCUCCAGAAGCCUCCUCCCUCUCGCGCCAUUAGAGCUUCUGCAUCUUCACCUAAACCCUCUUUCCUCAAAUCAACCUGCGUUACUCUCACCACAGCCGCCGCUCUCUUCUCCGCCUCCCUACACCUCUCCGCCAAACCCGCCGCCGCAACCCCCAUCGCACCUCCUCCACCGUCAUCCACAGAAUCAAUCGAAUCGGACCAAGAAUCAUCCCUCGAGAAGCACCUCGCCACCAACCCAAACGACUCGGAAGCUCUCCAAUCCCUAAUGAAAAUCAAACUCCAAUCCAAAAACCUCGACCAAGCGUUAGAGAUUCUCAACCGCCUGAUCUCUCUCGAUCCCGAGGAGCAGGAGUGGCGGAUCCUGAAAGCUCAGGUGCAAACCUACGGCGGCGAUUUCGACUCCGCCACGAAAGGAUUCGAGGAGAUUCUCGCCAAGGAUCCGCUCCGCGUCGAGGCUUACCACGGCCUCGUGAUGGCCUACUCCGAAUCGGAAUCAAAACUCUCGGAGCUCGAGGGGAGAAUCGGCGAAGCGAUCGAGAGGUGCAAGAGGGAGGACAAGAAGAAGGAUUUUCGCGAUUUUAUGCUUUUGAUUGCGCAGAUUAGGGUUAUGGAAGGGAACCCGAGCGAGGCGCUAAGGGUUUAUGAGGAGCUGGUGAAGGAUGAGCCGAGGGACUUUAGGCCGUAUCUGUGUCAGGGUUUGAUUUAUACGUUGUUGAAGAAGAAGGACGAGGCGGAGAAGCAGUUUGAGCAGUUUAGGAGGUUGGUUCCUGAGAAUCAUCCGUAUAAAGAGUAUUUUGAUUCUAAUAUGCUUAAUACCAACAAGCUUUUCGCUAAGAGUUAAGGUGAGGAGAGGCUUUGAGAUUUUGAGUUUUGUUGGAUGAUUUAGUUAUGUUUGGGUUGUAGUUUGUACUUCAUCACUCAAAAAUUGUCAUCAUCGAGUUGAAAGACUACAUCUUUUGUUA